AGGCAACGUCUCUCUAUGGUGCGGUGAGGUCAUAGAAUUGCGCCGGGGCGGAUGCGACGCGCGGCGCUGAAACCAUGGCGGCGGUGGACAUACGAGAUAAUCUCUUGGGAAUUUCCUGGGUUGAUAGUGCUUGGAUUCCAAUAUUAAACAGUGGAAGUGUGCUGGAUUAUUUCUCAGAGCGUAGCAACCCAUUCUAUGAUCGAACGUGCAACAAUGAAAUGGUCAAAAUGCAAAGGCUAUCGCUGGAUCACCUAAAUCAAAUGGUUGGAGUGGAAUAUAUCCUUUUACAUGCACAAGAGCCAAUUCUCUUCAUUAUUCGUAAGCAGCAAAGACAGAGUCCGACGCAUGUUACCCCACUGGCUGAUUAUUACAUUAUUGCUGGAGUGAUUUAUCAGGCCCCUGACUUGGGGUCAGUUGUAAACUCCAGAGUGCUCAGUGCAGUACAUGGAAUCCAGUCAGCUUUUGAAGAAGCCAUGUCCUACUGCCGCUAUCACCCUUCGAAAGGCUAUUGGUGGCAUUUCAAAGAUCAAGAGGAACGAGAUAAAGCCAAACCCAAAGCCAAAAAAAAGGAAGAACCAAGCUCCAUUUUCCAGAGACAACGUGUAGAUGCAUUACUCCUAGAUCUGAGGCAAAAAUUUCCCCCGAAGUUUGUGCAGCAAAAGUCUGGAGAAAAACCCAUUCCAGUGGAUCAGAUCAAGAAGGAGCCAGAGCCAACCCCUGAAGCUACAAAACAAGAGGAGAAGGACACGGCUAAGAUCACCCAACAGAGCACCAGCACCAAAGGACCGCCAGAGAAACGGAUGAGACUGCAAUGACAGAAGGGAAGAUUAUACUCUUGGACUGCAAUACAGCAAGGAAAGGAAUGACAACUGUGUGGUGGACUUUUGACAUUUCAAGGCUCUUUUCUUUUGAACUGUUUACAAACCUGUUAGCUGCAAACCUAUAGCUACAUACAGGAAGAAAUAGUUUGGCCUUUUCCCUAUUUUAAUAUUGAAGGCUGUAUUUCAUCUAGUGUACCUAACCCCCAGUGUCAUGUCUUUGGCUAGAAACCUGUCCUCUUUUAAUAAGCUUAGACCUUGGAAAAAGAUGCUUCAGGAAAGACCAUCAAGAAAAAACAAAUGCAAAACUAGCUAAUUCCUUGAUCAUUAUCUUCCUUUUACCCCUCUUUUUUACAUGUACUACAGAAUAACAAAUGUGUGGCAGGAUUAUGUGAAGAAAUGAGCAAGUUAUGCUUUGGGCUUUGAAGAAAGGUGUUGGCAGUAGAUGAAAAUAUUUUCAAAACUGUUUUACAGAAUCCAUAUAAUUGGAAGUGAAAUGUAGGCUGAAAUUUCAAAACUUUCUUGGUAACUAUCUCAGUAAAUAACAUAAUUGGAACAAUCACUCUCUUUAUAAGCUUUUGAGUCCAUAAUGCUUUAUAUAUCGGUAAAGUUUUACCUUUGUUAAUUUUUCGUAACUGUACAGUGUAAUGUUGAAAUAAACUCAGGUACUCUGGUUUUUGAACAUA